CUACAGCCUCAGCUCCAGCACCAGCAGCUCCCGCUGCUACAGCCUCAGCUCCAGCACCAGCAGCUCCCGCUGCUACAGCCUCAGCUCCAGCACCAGCAGCACCCGCUGCUACAGCCUCAGCUCCAGCACCAGCAGCUCCCGCUGCUACAGCCUCAGCUCCAGCACCAGCAGCUCCCGCUGCUACAGCCUCAGCUCCAGCACCAGCAGCUCCCGCUGCUACAGCCUCAGCUCCAGCACCAGCAGCUCCCGCUGCUACAGCCUCAGCUCCAGCACCAGCAGCUCCCGCUGCUACAGCCUCAGCUCCAGCACCAGCAGCUCCCGCUGCUACAGCCUCAGCUCCAGCACCAGCAGUGCCUGCCACCCAUGUGGUACCCACUGCCCCUGACCCGGUACCUGCUCCCAGAACUUUGUACACCCCCAAGCCUACUCCCAGAUCAAUGUUUGGUCCCAAGCCCCGUUAUUCCCGGCCUGCUCCGAGGCCUCCUGUCUUUGCCCCCAGAACUGUGCCCAGGCUGGCUCCUUGGACUUCCCUACAGACUUUUGCCAGUCCUGGGCACCCACCAAUGUUUGUUCCCAUGUCUCUCCCUGUCCUGGUCCCAGUGUCUGUGUUUGUUCCCAUUCCUGUCCCCGGUGGUGUUUCUGUUCCCGUCCCAGUCACUGUAUUUGUUUCUGUCCCCGUCUCUGUCAUGGUUCCAGUUCCCCUGUCCAGUUUUUCUCAGCCCCCUGUCCAGUCUCAGCCCCCUGUCCAGUCUCAGCCCUGUGUUCUGUUCCCUGUCCAGUCUCAGUCCCCAGUCCAGUCGUUUGUUCAGUCUGAACCCCCUGUCCAGUCCCAGUCUCAGUUCCCUGCCCGGUCUACGUCUCCUGUCCAGUUUCCAUUUCCUGUCCAGUCCCCUAUCCCGUCUCCGUUCCAGGUCCUGUCCCCGUUUCGUGUCCAGUCUCAUGUCCAGUCUCAGCCCCUGUUCGGUCGUUAGUCCCGUCUAUGUUCCCUUCCUCUGUUCCCUCUCUCUCGGCGCCCCUGGUAGUGGCGCCAUUGAAGGGGGGUUAUGUUACACCUUAGCCCAUGUCCGUGUUAUGUUUCUCCCUCGUUUGGUCUCUUGUGCUCCUGCCCCUCUGUUUUCCUGUCAUGUGUUCACAGCCACGUGUUUCUGUUGUGUAUCUGUCACCGUCUUAGCCCUGCCCUAACCAUCAGUGUUCUCACCUGUGUUUUAUCUGUAGCCCUGCCCCCUCAUCAGCCCUGCCCAGGUGUUCCUCCUGUAUAUAAGCCCCUCUGUUUGUACAUGCUGUGUCGAGUCUUUUGUGUUUUCUAGUCUGUUAAUCUAACCGUGAAUCCUGUUUGUAGUGUUUAGCCUUAGUAGCCUAGCCUUGUAUCCUAGUGUUUGUAUCCCAGUCUUUACCCCAGUCUUAGCCUUCGUUUAUGUAUUUCGUUUUCUUUUCUGUGUUUGUUUGGUUUAUUUAUUAAAGUAUCAUCUUUGCACUUACGUCCUCC